AUGGCCGAAGAUGGUGUUGCUCUUCCAACACAGAGAAAGUGGAAUUUUCCGAUCUUUGUUUUCUUCAAAGAUCUUAGGCUUGUCUUAAAGAUGGACUCACUAGGAAAAGAAAUUAUUUUAAUUGCUUUACCUGCAGCCAUGGCAUUAGCAGCCGAUCCAAUAGCUUCUUUGAUUGAUACCGCAUUUAUUGGUCGUAUAGGCCCAGUGGAAAUUGCUGCUGUCGGGGUAUCAAUUGCCAUUUUCAAUCAAGUUUCAAAAGUAGCCAUAUUCCCACUUGUGAGUAUUACAACAUCCUUUGUUGCUGAGGAAGAGACAAUAGAACGAAUGAAUAGAGAAGCAAUCGAAGCUCAAAACACAGAGAAAUGUUCUUCCAAUAAAGAGAAAACUAAAGAAUCAACCCAAGAUGAUGCCAAACUUGAAAACAUGGAAAAUGGUUCAACACUUAAGAACGAAAAGAAAGAGAUGACAACAGAAAAAGAUUUUCCAAAAAGUCCAUGCAAGCAUAUCAAUGUUACAAACAACAUUAAAGACAAGUCGAAGCUAGAAAAACAUAAGCGAUGUAUACCUUCAGCAUCAACAGCGUUGUUGUUUGGAGCAAUACUCGGUCUUCUUGAAACACUAUUACUAGUACUUCUAGCAAGACCAUUUUUGAGUAUAAUGGGUGUGAAAUCAGGUUCUCCGAUGCUAUUACCUGCACAUAAAUAUUUGACACUACGUUCACUUGGAGCUCCGGCAGUUCUUCUUUCUUUGGCAAUGCAAGGAGUUUUUCGUGGCUUUAAGGACACCAAAACUCCAUUAUAUGCCACUGUUGCAGGUGAUGUGGCAAACAUAAUUUUGGAUCCAAUUCUCAUCUUUGCUUGUAAUUUGGGAGUUAGUGGUGCAGCCAUUGCGCAUGUUCUAUCACAGUACUUAAUAUCAACGAUUUUGUUGGUUAAACUGAUGCAACAAGUUGACUUACUACCUCCAAGUCUUAAGGCUUUACAAUUCAGUCGGUUUCUUAAAAAUGGAUUUUUAUUGUUGUUUAAGGUAAUAGCAGCGACUAUUUGUGUGACUUUAGCUGCAUCUUUGGCUGCAAGAUUAGGUGCAACAUCUAUGGCUGCAUUCCAAAUAUGCUUACAAGUGUGGUUAACAUCUUCACUUCUUGCUGAUGGUUUAGCGGUUGCUGGACAAGCAAUAAUUGCUUCAUCAUUUGCUGAAAAGAACUAUGAGAAGGCAACAGCUGCAGCAGCUAGAGUAUUACAGAUGGGAUUCGUGAUGGGUUUGGGGCUUUCUCUUCUUGUUGGACUCGGUUUGGAAUUUGGUUCUGGAGUGUUUACAAAAGACAUAAAUGUUAAACAUAUCAUUGCGAUAGGUGUUCCGUUUGUUGCUGGCACACAACCAAUCAACGCAAUAGCUUUCGUGUAUGAUGGAAUUAACUUUGGUGCAUCAGAUUUUGCUUAUUCUGCAUACUCAAUGAUCCUAGUGGCUAUAGGGAGCAUUGGAUCGUUAUUUGCUCUGUACAAAGCUGCUGGUUUUAUCGGAAUAUGGAUCGCUCUCUCCAUUUUUAUGGGCCUACGUGCCAUUGUAGGCAUAUGGAGGAUGGGAACAGGAACAGGCCCAUGGUCGUUUCUUAAGAACUAGACUUUUGUUGUUGUGUAUGGAAAAUGGUAAUAAAAGAACAAAUUAUCAUAGGAUGUUGUCGCUCCUUUUGUAAAUUUGUAUCUCCAUGGUUUUGGCUCAUAUGACAAGUUUUACCUUACCUUUGUUUGGAACGUCUUUUGCUUUAAAAUCCUUUUUUAUUUCAUCCGUUAUGGUGAAACAAUAUUAGAAAAAGGUGAUGCUUCUUACAAAAAUUUCCAAG